AUCAUCGCAGACACAUGGCWAAGGAUUGAUUUGGGAAGGCWAGGGCGAAUGAAAAGAAGAAUUAUAUCAUAAUGACGGACGACURUCGAGUGUCCAUAAACGCACUGCCUGAUGAGAUUUUGCUGUGCAUAUUUCGAACCCUGUCCGCCACCGAGUUCGUGACGACGUUGCCGCUCGUGUGCGACCGCUGGUCGCGGAUAAUCGCAUCGGACGCCUGCACGCUAAAACGGGUAGGCAUGCACCACGCGAACGCGAACACGGCUGUCGAGUUCUUCUACUUCCGGGACGAAAAUGAACGGUCGCUGAUAUUCCACUGGCCGUCUGACGAGUACGCUGCACUUAUACUGCGUUGCGGUGACGGCCACUGCGCAGGCGGACCGGUCACUUCGGUGACGCAGAUUAGUUACGCGAACGCGUUCUAUUUGUGCGCGCAGUACGCGGAGAUCUGCGGGUACGUCACCGCGCUGGUCAUCUCAUCCAAUCUGUCCGUCUACGCCACUGACGGGUUCACGUACGUCGACCGACUGACCACGUUGGUGUUGCAUGGUGUCCGGAUCCGGGAAGCGGACCAGUACACGCUCGCCGAACUAGGCACUGUGUACUUCAACGUGCUGGACGUGAUGUACGUGAGAUGCUCGCUGGCCUCACGCUUCGACCUCAAGUUCCUGCACACCGGGUUUGGGCAGUUGCGGCGGUUCCGGGCCGACCACAACGCCAUCGGUGUCCGGUUCCUGGAAGACCUGUUGCACRCGCACCAGGGCACCUUGGAGACGGUCGUGCUGGGCGACUGCACGGUAACCGGCGACCGGUGGAUAGAUACUCUGUCGGACAAGCUCCGCGGACGGACCAUCAACCACCUGAGCAUGCACAGUGCGUACUUUACGGACAGGUGCGUGAAUCAAUUUCUGACAUCCGCCGACUUGGUUUUGCCCAGUGACAGAUCCAACGUGACCAUUGACAGUGAUCUAAGAAGGAUCUCAUUUUCUAUCGACAUCGAUCCUUUACGAUGAUUUCGUACCCGUUAUCAACACCAUUAACACCGCUGCAGUAAAUGUACAAAGUUUUUAAGUGGGUAGGGUUGUAACACGUGUUUGUGUACGCGUGGCAACUGGCAAGGAUAUGUUGCUAAAAAUCCCGAGUGGUCACUGGGCAAUCAAUUGGGAGCUAGCAACUGCGGCCGGUACGUUCCGCAGAUAGAGCGUACGAUCGCACCUCACCAAGCAAUUCACGUCAUAUAUUAUAAUGUUAUUAAUGAAUAUUGUUGCU